AUGGAACAAAAUAUCACAUUUCAAUGUCUUCCUACUCACCACCAACUUCUCACCACCACCACCACCACCUCCUCCUCCUCCUCCCGCGGUCCCUCUUCCUCCACUUCCGCCUCCUCCAACUCCUCAACGAGUACCACAAACGAUGCACAAAGUACAACUACCCUUACAACGUCGAUCCCCAAAUCUAAUAACAAACUCAAGGUGAAAAAAUGCCGCCAAAACGGGCGGCCUAAGGCGGCCGCCGCCAGUACCACCGCCACCGCGGACGACGAACACACGACGUACCGCGGGGUACGGAAACGGAGUUGGGGGAGAUGGGUUUGCGAAAUCCGCGAGCCGAGAAAGAAGUCGAGGAUAUGGCUCGGGACCUACCCGACGGCCGAGAUGGCCGCACGGGCCCACGACGUGGCGGCCCUCGCCAUCAAGGGCCGGUCGGCCUACCUCAACUUCCCCCACUUGGCCCACGAGCUUCCCCGCCCGGCCUCGACCUUGCCCAAGGAUAUCCAGGCAGCAGCCGCCCAGGCCGCCGCCCUGGACGGAGGCCCGGAAUCACGUGCCGGGCCGGGCCUCCCGAGCUCACACUCGUCCACAGAUUUGGCGUCAGGGGAGUCGCCGAAUUCAGCUUCCAAGGGUAGCGACGAGGACGACACAUUUUUCGACUUGCCUGAUUUGCCCCUUGACGGGGCGGAUCUCGGGGAUGGGUACUAUGCGUCCUCAUGGCAGGUGAUGGGUGGGAGUGAUCACAUUGGAUUCCGUCUUGAAGAUCCAUUUUUGUGGGAGUACUGUUCGUAG